AAGCGAAAGGUUGAAAAUUGAAAGCACUCAAACAAACACAAAAUCCCAAUGGGAAUCUUUCUCCUUCUUCUUCCUCUCCCACUGUGCGCCCCAAGCCAUCCCUCCUCGCCACCUCCCUUCUUUUUAUGCUCUCUUUCUCUUUUCCUAGCUUUUCACCCCCCUUCCUCUUCUCCCCCCCCCUCUCUCUGUCUUCUUCCUCACCACACUCACCGUUCUCUCUGCUUCCUGCUCGCUUUGUUCAUGGGAUUUUCAUGCGAUAAUGUUUUAGACGAGGAACAAAGUGAAGUUCACUUGACAGAUGAGACGGUAGCAACCCAGCAAAGGACUCUGGCUCUGAUGGAAGUGCGUCAUCAUCAACAACAAGGGGUUGAAAGCGAAGCCGAUUUCUGGCCAGUAGAACACCCUCUGGAGCCCAGAGAUGAAGACCGUCCUGUGAAAUGCCCAAUGCCUCAAUCUUCUGUCAUCAACGAGGGAGGGGUGCAAGAAAAAAGGUUUGCAGAAAGCAUAAGGAAGAGAGUGGAGGCAUCUGCAGAAAUGGCAGAAAGAGGGAGAAGAGAAGGCAUGGAAGCCGACCCUCCAGAUCUGGCUCGAGCCGUUCGAAAACGGCAUCACACUCUCACACAAGAAGGAGAACUUGAGAUCACUCCCUUCAUUAGAACGCCACCACUCCCUCCAUUACCCUCCCAGAACGUCACCGUCUUUCAAAUGUUUCAGCAGGUCGACAAGUUUGACUCUUGAAAUCAAGAAAUCAGUUCACUGCCAACAAUUUGCCAAUGAGUCACUGAGAUUGCAUGACAGCCUCAGUAAAAGAUAUGAUCAACAUACAAGUAGCUAGAACAAGUAUUCUUCCAUCACUGUAUACGUCUUCGAUGUUUUCUGUUAAAAUCAGACAAUUUUAUACUUUUAAAAAGCCAUCAGAUAUGUUAAGAGACUGCUCAAUUGAUUCA